GCAGGAGCUGGGCUCCCCCAGUUAGUGCCACCGCUGGCCCUGGCGGGGCGGGCACGGCUCGGGGGAGCCCCAGCCGCAGCUCCACAAUGUUUCUGUACUGGAGAAAGAGGGGAGCCUACGAGCUGGAGGCUUUGCCCGCUGGGCUGGCGGGGCUGCAGUGUGGGGCGGUGGAGCGUUUCUCCUGGAGUUCCAGCCUGGACAUCGGCGAAGAGCUUGGGGCCGAGCUGUGUCCCCUGGAGGAGACGGUGCUACGCUGCCAGAACCCCAACUGCACCGGCGAUAGGACAGCAGCCAAGGUAUGCCACCAUGCGGAGUGCCGCCAGCUGAGCCGCAGCGGCCCCCUCAGCCUGUGUGAGCUCUGCGACGGCAGCCUCCAUGGCGCCAUGCACUUCGACAGCCACAUCCGCUUCAACCUGCCCCCGCAAGGCUCUAUCCUGGCCCGUAACAUGUCAACACGCUCGUGCCCACCACGUACCAGCCCUGCCUCCGACUUGGAGGAGGAGGAGGGUCCUGCAGACAGCAAAGGGGAGGAGAGAAGCUCAGGGCUGAAGCUGCCCAAGAAGAAGGCUUGGCGCAGGCACACAGAUGACCCCAGCAAGGAAUGCUUCACCCUGAAGUUCGACCUCAACAUCGACAUCGAGGCAGAGAUUGUGCCAGCCCUGAAGAAGAAGUCCCUGGGGGAGGUUCUGCUGCCAGUCUUUGAGAGGAAGGCAAUCGAGCUGGGCAAGGUGGACAUCUUCCUGGACCAGUCCCACACACCACUGUCCCUGCAGUUCGAGGCAUACCGCUUUGGGGGGCACUACCUGCGGGUGAAAGCCAAACCUGGGCACGAGCUGAAGCUGGAGCAGGCAAUGUGGGAUGCCAGGUCGGUCAGCCUGCCCAUCCUGCGCCCUGCCAGCACCACAUUGCUUCUUGGACCAGAGGCAGUGCCAGGAUGCCAGGAGGGUGCCAACAGCGUGGCUCCGGGCCGGCGGAGAAAGAACAUGACGGAGUUCCUGGGGGACAGCAGCAUCCCCAGCCCCGAGCUGGCUCCUCACGGCGGUGGCUCCCUGCCUGCCAAUGGCACUGACACUUGGAAGAAUCGCGCUGCCAGCCGCUUCAGCGGCUUCUUCGGCUCUGGCACCAGCACCGGAUCCUUCGGGCGGGAGUCAGAGAAGCUGGAGCAGCUGAUGAGCCGACUGCACGCCUAUGGCACCUUCGGGCUGCCCAAGCUGCCACCCCAGCUCCGCUUUGACCGCGAUUCUUGGGAGGAGGAUGGGGACGAGGCUGGGCUGGUGCUGGAGGACAGCUGGCAGCAGAUCAUCCAGGGCGCAGAGGCCCUGUCACGUCGGCAGUGCCACCAGCAGGAAGCCAUCUGGGAGCUGCUGCACACCGAGGCUACCUACAUCCGCAAGCUCAAAGUCAUCACAGACCUCUUCCUCUGCUGCCUGCUGAACCUGCAGGAAUCUGGGCUGCUCUGCGAGGUGGACGCCGAGCGGCUCUUCAGCAACAUCGGCGAGAUCAUCCGGCUGCACCGAGAGCUGUGGCGUGGCAUCAUGGCCCCGGUGCUGGCCAAGGCGCGACGGACCGGGGCUCCUCUCAACCCCCUUGACUUCCUUGAUGGCUUCAAGAUGUUCGGCUCCCUCUUCAAGCCCUACGUGCGCUACUGCAUGGAGGAGGAGGGCUGCAUGGAAUACAUGCGGGCACUGCUGCGGGACAGCGAGCUUUUCCGUGCCUACGUCACGUGGGCCGAGAAGCAUGAGCAGUGCAGCCGCCUGAAGCUGAGCGACAUGCUGGUCAAGCCCCACCAGCGCCUCACUAAGUACCCACUGCUCCUCAAGUCUGUGCUGAAGAAGACCGAUGACCCACGUGCCCGUGAUGCCAUCACCACCAUGAUUGGCUCUGUGGAGCACUUCAUCAAUGAUGUCAACUCACGCAUGCGGCAGCGACAGGAGCGGCAGCGCCUGGCAGCCAUCCUCAGCCGCAUUGAUACUUAUGAGGUGGUGGAAGGAAGCACAGAUGAGGUGGACAAGCUGCUGAAGGAGUUCUUGCGGCUGGAUCUGACAGCCCCCAUCCCUGGCACCUCCCCGGAGGACACCCGGCAGCUCCUCCUUGAGGGCAGCCUGCGGAUGAGGGAAGGUAAAGACAGCAAGAUGGAUGUUUACUGCUUCCUCUUCACUGACCUCUUCCUCAUCACCAAGCCUCUCAAGAAGGCUGAGCGCACCAAGGUGGUUCGGCAGCCCUUGCUGGUGGACAAGGUGGUCUGCCGGGAGCUGAGGGACACGGGAUCCUUCCUCCUCAUCUACCUGAACGAGCUGGGCAGUGCUGUGGCCGCCUACACUUUCCAGGCCAGUGGGCAGUCGCUGUGCCGCAGCUGGGUUGAGGCUGUGCGCAAUGCCCAGAACCUGCUGCAGCGACUGCGGCAGCGCCGGCACCUGGAGGAGGCAGAGGGUGAAGAGGAUGAUGGUGAGAGCAGCACUUCGGCUGCCAGUUCACCCACUGUCCGUCGCCACGGCAGCACCAGCUCAGACUCACAGCAGUGCCCCUCCGAUGGCUCCACUGAGACCCUGGCCGUGGUGGCGGUGGAUUGUGGCGACGAGCUCUCCUCCCCAGACUGGGAUGUGGGACCCUUCAGCUCAACCUCGGAUGGCUCUUCUGUGGGCACCAGCACCUCCAUCAGCACUGGCAACUCUGCUGACAUCCCCACCUCGGCUGAGACCCCCACCCAGGAGCUGUCAGCAGGAGCUCUGCCGGUACCCCUGUCCCACGGGGCAGACCCCACGGCCAGCAGCUGCCGUUCAUCCUCCAUCGACAGCGCCUAUGGCACUCUGUCACCCACCUCUCUGCGGGACUUCGGCCAGCAGCCAGAGGCCGUGGCUGAGGAGGAGGGCCGACAGCCGCCCAUGGCAACCCCAAUCCCGCAGCCCUCCUCACCCCGGCUGCGCCGCCGGACACCUGUGCAGCUCCUGCCCUGCCCAGCCAGGGUGCUCAAGUCCAAGUCAGAGGCCAACUUGCCCCAGCUUGUGCCCCAUGGGUCCCCAGCCCUGCUCAGCCAGAGCCGCAGCCUCUCUGACCUCUGUGCUGAGCCCUCCUGGACUAGCCAAGCCCCAGGCCUCCUGGCUGCCCCCGGCAGCAGCAGCAGCUCCACCUCUGAGCUCUCGGAGACAGAGGAGCCAGGGCAGAGUCCUGUGUCCCUCCCAGGGGAGCUCAUCUGCAAACCCUUGCCCGCUGCACACCGGACCCUUUCAGACCCACAGGCAGCACAGCACCGCAAGCUGACGCUGGCACAGCUCCACCGGAUCCGGACCACGCUGCUGCUCAACUCCACACUGACUGCCUCGGAGGUCUGAGAGACGUGGAGGUGGUGAGGAUGGACACGUGGCUGCACCGAGGAGCUGUUCCCGUUUCUAACCGUACUGUAAUGCCGGGGCCAGGCCGAGUGGGCACUGGGGUGCCAUGCCAGUGGGGAUGCAAACCCAUCCCCUUGGUGAGGAUGUGCCCCAGGUGUGGUGGCAUGGGACUGCCUGCUUCUCCCUGGAGCGGGGACAGAUGUGGCAAGUGGCUUGUGCCAAACCCUUGUCCACAGAGAUGAGAGUUGGGGCCCAGCCAUGGUGUGCUGGGCAGAGAGCCAGGGGGACAUGGGGGGCUGUAGGGGGCCAUGAGGCAGCUCCUGUGGGCAAGGAAGGGUUAACGAUGUUGCUGGUGGUGAGUAGAGAAGGUGCUGAGAGGAACACAGUGCCGGUGGCACAGUGCCCUGAGUGGUGUGAGGAGGAGGCUGGGGAUGGUGGCAGGAGGGAAUGAUGCUGCGGCUGGGGUGGGCAGUGGCCCCAGCGUCUGGCUGGAGCAGGGGUUUUGCCCUGUGGGUGGGCGGCAAUGGGUAGAAGCACCUGGGGCUGGAGUGCAGGAGCUGCAUGGGGAUGUGGUGGUGAAGAUGCCAGCCGCCGUCCUGUGCUGGGCUGCGUCCCGGCUGAGCAAUAAACCAGCUGGUGCACGCUCGU